CAUUUCCACUCUGCUUCUGUUCUCUGCGCUCAGAUCACUGUCUUUUUAGCUGCCUCUCUCUCUCUCUCUCUCAUUUCUAAGAAAUGAAAUAAAUAAGCCCAGAAAUAUUUACUCUCUGGAAAGUGGCACCAGCUCUCUCUCUCUCUCUCUUUCUCUAUGAUGAUUAUGAUUAGGGUUUAUGCACUCUCUCUUGUUCUGGGUUGUUUCACUCACUGGCUCUCCUGGUCCAGACAGAGCCUCUCUUGAUUUUCACCUUUGCUGUUUCUGUGUUUUCACUUUGGUCUUCUAGAGUGUGUCUGUGUCAAUGUGUUGUGGGAUUGAGCUGAAAGUACAGGCAGAUUGAGCUGGUGGUUUUGGAAAAAAAAAAAAAAACAAGUGGGGUUUUCUGAACGUGUUAGUGGGUUUCAGUUUCAAAACAGCUUGAAAUUUGGGUUUAAAGCUGGUUUGGAAUUUUGUGAUUGCGUUCAAAGCUGUGGUAAGUAACAGAAAUCAACCAGGGAGGUUUAAGAAAAAGAAAGAAAGAAAGAAAAAAAAAAAACAGAGUCUUUUUGUGUCUGUAUUAUAGCCAAAAACCCCAUUUUGGUCUUCACCAACAAGCUCAGUUAGCUUUUACAUUUCUGUUCCCAACAAACCAAGAAUCUUCUAGCCGCUUCAAACCAGGCUAUACCUUCGUCCGUUUACACUUGCUCUUUCUCGUUCUCCGAGAUAGGACGGACUUUACAAAGCCAGAGAGAAUCUUUGGUCUUUUUCUAAAGCCCCCCCCGAAGGAAAACCCAAAUCAGCUAGCGCUUUAAGAACCUCUCUAUCACUUUGGUCUUGUCUGUAUUUGCUCCUUGAGCUUGUUUUUGGUUUUGGGGAAAAAUGGCUAUGGCUGUGGCUCAUCAUCAGCACAGAGAGAGUAGCAGUGGUAGUAGUAUAAACAAGCAUCUUAAUGAUGCUGGAAAAUAUGUGCGCUACACUUCUGAGCAAGUGGAAGCUCUUGAACGUGUCUAUGCCGAGUGUCCCAAGCCGAGUUCUUUGAGAAGGCAGCAAUUGAUCCGAGACUGCCCCAUUCUUUCAAACAUAGAGCCCAAGCAGAUCAAAGUCUGGUUUCAGAACCGCAGAUGUCGAGAAAAGCAGAGAAAAGAGUCUUCGAGGCUUCAGACUGUUAACAGGAAAUUAUCAGCAAUGAACAAGUUGUUGAUGGAGGAAAAUGAUAGACUGCAGAAACAGGUGUCUCAGCUUGUUUGUGAGAAUGGGUACAUGCGCCAACAGCUGCAUACUGUACCAGCUACUGAUGCAAGCUGCGACUCUGUGGUUACAACUCCGCAGCAUUCUCUCAGAGAUGCUAAUAAUCCUGCUGGACUCCUCUCCAUAGCGGAGGAGACAUUGGCAGAGUUCCUUUCUAAGGCUACAGGAACUGCUGUCGAUUGGGUCCAGAUGCCUGGGAUGAAGCCUGGUCCGGAUUCGGUUGGGAUCUUUGCUAUUUCACAAAGUUGCGGUGGAGUGGCAGCUCGAGCCUGUGGUCUCGUAAGUUUAGAGCCUACGAAGAUUGCAGAGAUCCUUAAAGAUCGUCCAUCUUGGUUCCGGGACUGUCGGAGCCUUGAAGUUUUUACUAUGUUUCCUGCUGGAAAUGGAGGGACUAUAGAACUCAUAUAUACGCAGACAUAUGCUCCGACUACACUGGCUCCUGCAAGGGAUUUUUGGACCCUACGAUACACUACUACUUUAGACAAUGGCAGUUUUGUGGUAUGUGAGAGAUCUCUUUCUGGUUCUGGUGCUGGCCCCAAUGGAGCUUCUGCUGCCCAGUUUGUCAGAGCAGAAAUGCUUCCUAGUGGUUAUCUGAUUCGACCGUGUGAGGGUGGAGGAUCAAUCAUUCAUAUUGUUGACCACCUGAACCUUGAGGCUUGGAGUGUGCCAGAAGUGCUGCGACCGCUUUAUGAAUCGUCCAAAGUGGUAGCGCAAAAAAGGACUAUUGCGGCAUUGCGUUACAUCAGGCAAAUAGCUCAGGAGACCAGUGGUGAAGUUGUGUACAGUUUUGGCAGGCAGCCAGCUGUUCUGCGAACUUUUAGCCAAAGAUUAAUCAGAGGCUUUAAUGAUGCUGUCAAUGGAUUUAAUGAUGAUGGCUGGUCUUUGAUCAACUGUGAUGGUGCUGAAGACAUUAUAAUGGCCGUUAAUUCAACCAAGAAUUUGACUACUACGAAUCCUGCUAAUUCAUUUGCUUUUCUCGGUGGUAUUCUGUGUGCAAAGGCUUCCAUGCUACUCCAAAAUGUCCCCCCAGCUGUCCUGGUUCGUUUCUUGAGGGAGCAUCGUUCAGAGUGGGCUGAUUUCAAUGUUGAUGCCUAUUCUGCUGCGUCUUUGAAAUCUGGUUCAUAUGCAUACCCAGGGAUGAGGCCAACAAGGUUUACUGGGGGCCAAAUCAUCAUGCCACUUGGUCACACCAUUGAACAUGAAGAGUUGCUAGAAGUUGUUCGUCUUGAAGGCCAUUCUUUCUCUCAAGAAGAAGCAUUUGCAUCACGGGACAUUCAUCUCUUACAGAUAUGUAGUGGAGUUGAUGAAAAUGCUGUGGGAGCCUGUUCAGAGCUUGUUUUUGCUCCAAUUGAUGAGAUGUUUCCAGACGAUGCUCCGUUGCUUCCCUCUGGUUUCCGCAUUAUUCCUUUGGAAUCAAAAACAAGUGAUUCAAAAGACGCCAUGGCUACUCAUCGGACAUUAGAUUUGACGUCCAGUCUUGAAGUGGGCUCAACAACAAACCAUAAUGCUGGAGAUUUGAAUUCAUUUCAUAACGCUCGAUCAGUAUUAACGAUUGCCUUCCAGUUUCCCUUCGAGAGUAGUCUACAGGAUAAUGUUGCAUCCAUGGCACGCCAAUAUGUACGAAAUGUCAUCUCAUCAGUGCAGAGAGUUGCAAUGGCUAUAUCUCCAUCAGGAUUGAGUCCGUCCGUGGGACCAAAAUUAUCUCCCAGCUCUCCAGAAGCACUAACACUGGCUAACUGGAUCUGCCAGAGCUAUAGUUAUCAUAUAGGGGCGGAACUGCUGCAGCCUGAUUCCUUGGGCGGUGACUCGAUGUUGAAACAUCUAUGGCAUCAUCAAGAUGCGAUUUUGUGCUGUUCAUUGAAGUCACUGCCGGUUUUCAUCUUUGCUAACCAGGCAGGGCUUGACAUGCUGGAGACAACUCUUGUUGCUCUUCAGGACAUCUCAUUAGAUAAGAUUUUUGAUGAGUGUGGACGUAAGACAUUGUGCGCCGACUUUGCUAAACUAAUGCAGCAGGGAUUUGCUUACUUGCCGGCUGGGAUUUGCAUGUCAACAAUGGGGCGCCAUAUCUCAUAUGAACAGGCCAUUGGAUGGAAAGUUCUUUCUGGAGAAGAUAACUCUGUCCAUUGCCUUGCCUUCUCGUUUGUAAACUGGUCUUUUGUGUGAACAUGUUAGUUUAAGUUAUUCAUCCAAACACCUUUCUUCCACUGGAUAUGGAAAUGAAAUCUGAAAAGAAUGAAUGUGGAAAAGGUAAGUAGACCAAAAGUUUUGUGUUAUCCGUAAGAACUUGGUUUUGCAUCAUAUUAAUUUAAUUUAAUUUUUUGUUGAAACUCCCAAA